GUUCGGAGAAGUCAGGGAUUUACCCGAGGUCGCCUGCGCCCAGGCCAGAAAGACUCGGAAGUCUGGGCGUCAUUCACACGGGCCCCGCCUUGGCUUUUCUGAGCCGACACCCCCAGCCUCUGGGCGGCGUGGACCGUUAUUCCUUAAUCUGAUUGUGAACGUGGAGAGAAGCAUUUACAACCACCGAGGCUAUCAGACAUCAAAUAUUGAACCGCAGAGUGGAUCCUGAAUGCGGGGGUUCGGUGGUCGUUGCCCCUGGGGUCAUCGUUCCCCGCCGACCGUCAAAUGAUUCUACCCUCGUCCCACGGUUACAUUGAAUCCAAUCACCAAAUACCAAAUUAAUCGUUAGGGCCUGGCCAUUCUUAUUUAUGUACGUUACUAUUUGUUUGUUUUGAGUGGAACCUUGAGAAGACUAGAACAAUUAAUUUGGGGAAGCUGAAUUAUCUUGAGGUCCAAGAAAAAUUAUGGAUGAUAAAACAGUUUUUCAUGAGGAGUUCAUACAUUACCUUAAAUAUGUUAUGGUGGUCUAUAAACGUGAACCAGCUGUGGAGAGGGUAAUAGAAUUUGCAGCAAAGUUUGUUACCUCGUUUCACCAAUCGGAUAUGGAAGAUGAUGAGGAAGAGGAAGAUGGUGGCCUUUUAAAUUAUUUGUUUACUUUUCUCUUAAAGUCUCAUGAAGCAAACAGCAAUGCAGUGAGAUUUAGAGUGUGCCAGCUCAUAAACAAGCUUUUGGGAAGUAUGCCAGAAAAUGCUCAGAUUGAUGAUGAUGUGUUUGAUAAAAUUAAUAAAGCCAUGCUUAUUAGAUUGAAAGAUAAGAUUCCAAAUGUGAGAAUACAGGCAGUUCUGGCGCUUUCACGACUUCAGGAUCCCAAGGAUGAUGAAUGCCCAGUGGUUAAUGCAUAUGCUACUUUGAUUGAAAAUGAUUCAAAUCCAGAAGUUAGACGGGCAGUGUUAUCAUGUAUUGCACCAUCAGCAAAGACUUUGCCAAAAAUUGUAGGGCGCACCAAGGAUGUGAAAGAGGCUGUCAGAAAGCUGGCUUAUCAGGUUUUAGCUGAAAAGGUUCAUAUGAGAGCUAUGUCCAUUGCUCAGAGAGUAAUGCUCCUUCAACAAGGUCUUAAUGACAGAUCAGAUGCUGUGAAACAAGCUAUGCAGAAGCAUCUUCUCCAAGGCUGGUUACGGUUCUCUGAAGGAAAUAUCUUACAGUUGCUUCAUCGGUUGGAUGUAGAAAAUUCUUCUGAAGUGGCAGUCUCUGUUCUCAAUGCCUUGUUUUCAAUGACUCCUCUCAGUGAACUGGUGGGACUUUGUAAAAACAAUGAUAGCAGGAAAUUGAUUCCAGUGGAAACAUUAACUCCUGAAAUUGCUUUGUAUUGGUGUGCCCUUUGUGAAUAUUUGAAAUCAAAAGGAGAUGAAGGUGAAGAAUUUUUAGAGCAGAUUUUGCCAGAGCCUGUAGUAUAUGCAGACUAUUUACUGAGUUAUAUGCAGAGUAUUCCAGUUGUUAAUGAAGAACACAGAGGUGAUUUUUCCUAUAUUGGAAAUUUGAUGACAAAAGAAUUCAUAGGUCAACAAUUGAUUCUAAUUAUUAAGUCUUUGGAUACCAAUGAAGAAGGAGGAAGAAAAAAACUGCUGGCUGUCUUACAGGAGAUUCUUAUUUUACCCACAAUCCCAGUAUCCCUGGUUUCUUGUCUUGUUGAAAGACUACUCCACAUCAUUAUAGAUGAUAAUAAGAGAACACAAAUUGUUACAGAAAUUAUCUCAGAGAUUCGGGCGCCCAUUGUUACUGUUGGUGUUAAUGAUGAUCCAGCUGAUGUGAGAAAGAAAGAACUCAAGAUGGCUGAAAUAAAAGUUAAGCUUAUUGAAGCCAAAGAAGCUUUGGAAAAUUGCAUUACCUUACAGGAUUUUAAUCGGGCAUCAGAAUUAAAAGAAGAAAUAAAAGCAUUAGAAGAUGCCAGAAUAAACCUUUUGAAAGAGACAGAGCAACUUGAAAUUAAAGAAGUCCACAUAGAGAAGGUACAGAAUGAUGCUGAAACAUUGCAGAAAUGUCUUAUUUUAUGCUAUGAACUGUUGAAGCAGAUGUCCAUUUCAACAGGCUUAAGUGCAACCAUGAAUGGAAUCAUCGAAUCUUUGAUUCUUCCUGGAAUAAUAAGUGUUCAUCCUGUUGUAAGAAACCUGGCUGUUUUAUGCUUGGGAUGCUGUGGACUACAGAAUCAGGAUUUUGCAAGUAAACACUUCGUAUUACUAUUGCAGGUUUUGCAAAUUGAUGAUGUCACAAUAAAAAUAAGUGCUUUAAAGGCAAUCUUUGACCAACUGAUGAUGUUUGGGAUUGAACCAUUUAAAACUAAAAAAAUCAAAACACUUCAUUGUGAAGGUACAGAAAUAAACAGUGAUGAUGAGCAAGAAUCAAAAGAAGUUGAAGAGACUGCUACAGCUAAGAAUGUUCUGAAACUCCUGUCUGAUUUCUUAGAUAGUGAGGUAUCUGAACUUAGGACUGGAGCUGCGGAAGGACUAGCCAAGCUGAUGUUCUCUGGGCUUUUGGUCAGCAGCAGGAUUCUUUCUCGUCUUAUUUUGUUGUGGUACAAUCCUGUGACUGAAGAGGAUGUUCGACUUCGACAUUGCCUCGGCGUGUUCUUCCCCAUUUUUGCUUAUGCAAGCAGGACUAAUCAGGAAUGCUUUGAAGAAGCUUUUCUUCCAACCCUGCAAACACUGGCCAAUGCCCCUGCAUCUUCUCCUUUAGCUGAAAUUGAUAUCACAAAUGUUGCUGAGUUACUUGUAGAUUUGACAAGACCAAGUGGAUUAAAUCCUCAGACCAAGACUUCCCAAGAUUAUCAGGCCUUAACAGUACAUGACAAUUUGGCUAUGAAAAUUUGCAAUGAGAUCUUAACAAGUCCAUGCUCACCAGAAAUUCGAGUCUAUACAAAAGCCUUGAGUUCUUUAGAACUCAGUAGCCAUCUUGCAAAAGAUCUUCUGGUUCUAUUGAAUGAGAUUCUGGAGCAAGUAAAAGAUAGGACAUGUCUGAGAGCUUUGGAGAAAAUCAAGAUUCAGUUAGAAAAAGGAAAUAAAGAAUUUGGUGACCAAGCUGAAGCAGCACAGGAUGCCAGCUUGACUACAACUGCUUUUCAAAAUGAAGAUGAAAAGAAUAAAGAAGUAUAUAUGACUCCUCUCAGAGGUGUAAAAGCAACCCAAGCAUCAAAAUCUACUCAGCUAAAGACUAACAGAGGACAGAGAAAAGUGACAGUUUCAGCUAGGACGAACAGGAGGCGUCAGACUGCUGAGGCCGACUCUGAAAGUGAUCAUGAAGUUCCAGAACCAGAAUCAGAAAUGAAGAUGAGACUACCAAGACGAGCCAAAACAGCAGCACUAGAAAAAAGUAAACUUAAUUUUGCACAAUUUCUCAAUGAAGAUGUAAGUUAGGAAAGACGAUGGAGGUGGAAUCCUUUAAGAUUAUGUCCAGUUAUUUGCUUUAAUAAAGUUACCCUUGUCAAAAUCA